ACAGAUUUACAAGCUCACUCUCUGGAUAGCCCAGGUGGUUAGUGCGACCACAACACAGACACGCCCUCUCUGAAAGUUUGUAGCCGACGUAGGGUUGUGCGUACUGAACAGACAUGUCUACUAUCGGCAAGCCCAUUGAGUGCAAGGCGGCCAUCGCCUGGGAGGCCAAGAAGCCGCUGGAGGUGCGCACGGUCACCGUGGCGCCGCCCGGCCCCGGCGAAGUGCGCGUGCAGAUCAAGGUGCGCAAGAAUACCGCGACCGCGUUGUGCCACACGGAUGCCUAUACUCUGGACGGGCUGGACCCCGAGGGCCUGUUCCCCUGCAUCCUGGGGCACGAGGCCGCGGGCGUUGUGGAGAGCGUCGGCGAGGGCGUCACCUCCGUGAAGCCGGGUGACCACGUCAUCCCCUGCUACCAGGCUUACUGCGGCGAGUGCAAGUUCUGCAAGCACCCGGAGUCCAACCUGUGCGUGUCGGUGCGCGCUUUCACAGGCAAGGGCGUGAUGAAGUCAGACGGCAAGCCUCGCUUCACCGUCGAUGGCAAGCCCAUCUACCACUUCAUGGGCACCUCCACCUUCAGCGAGUACACGGUGGUGCACGAGCAGUCGGUGGCCAAGAUCGACGUGAACGCGCCGCUGGAUAAGGUGUGCCUGCUGGGUUGCGGCGUGUCCACCGGCUGGGGCGCGGUGUUCAACACCGCUAAGGUCACGGCCGGUAGCACGGUGGCAGUGUUUGGGCUGGGCGCGGUGGGCCUGGCGGUGAUCGAGGCGGCCAAGCGCGCGGGCGCAUCUCGCAUCAUUGCUGUGGACAUCAACCCGACCAAGUUUCCCGCGGCCAAGGAGUUUGGUGCCACCGACUGCAUCAACCCCAAGGACCACGAGAAGCCCAUUCAGCAGGUUAUCGUGGAGAUGACAGAGUGGGGCUGCGACUACACGUUCGAGUGCAUCGGCAACACUGCCGUCAUGCGCGCGGCUCUGGAGUGUGCUCACCGCGGCUGGGGCACGUCGGUCAUCAUUGGUGUGGCGGCUGCGGGCCAGGAGAUCAGCACGCGCCCCUUCCAGCUGGUGACCGGCCGCCGCUGGAUGGGCACCGCAUUCGGCGGCUACAAGAGCCGCGUGCAGGUGCCUGAGCUCGUGCAAGAGUACCAGGCGGGCAAGACGCUGCUGGACAAGUACGUCACGCACAACAUGAAGUUUGACCAGAUUAACGAGGCGUUUGAGCUGCUGCACGCCGGCGAGUGCCUGCGCUGUGUGCUGACGUUCUAGGCGCCGCGCGUGAUAGGAGUUGGUUGGAGCGGUGGUUGGCUUGUACUGCCCUCAAGUGGUUGAACCUAUACGCAGAUCAUGGGAGAAUCCAUGGCGUGCUUGGGCUGCCGCUCGGAUGGGUGAUGCUGUGAGCGGUUGGACGUGGCGGUUGGAUGAGAAGAGCUUAAUCGGCCCGUGGGUAUGCCGAAGGUGCAGGGGAAUGGGGAGCCGCUUGCUCGCGCAUGAAAGAUUACAUGGAAAGACACUUGCUCAUUAGUGUAAGGCCAGACGCAUGUAAACUCCUGGCGGC